AUGUCGAACCUCAGUGAUCUCGAGCGCGCGGCGCUACGAGCAAUGAAACUGACAGAUGAGUAUAGCUGGUACGACGUCCUCAGAAAACGUUUCAAGGUCGCACACAACAACGCGCUGCACGCCUUGAACAACACGGAAAUCAUCCGAGUGUGUGACGCCCUCGAGACGCCAUAUCCACCUAGGGACAGAAUGGACUGUAUUGAGCGCAACCUGGAUGCCGCCAUGCGCCUCAAUGUCGCGGUGCCGACGUCGACGACAGUGUUGUCAGAUUGGCUGCAGAAGGAGCAGUUGGAAAACAGGCAACGUGCGUUCACCUCCCGUGGCUGCCAGCUGCAAUCAACCAGCCGGCAGGUCCAGUCCCAGCUGUCCCACCAGCCUGGCAGCCGGGAUCUUCCGAUCCAUCAGAACGACCAUCGGAGCCACGGAGCGCACGAGCGCUACGAGUCUCGGAAGGUCGCUGCCUUUAGAGCAGCCAAAUCACCGACUUCUUCAUGA